AUGGACGUUCUGUGGGAUAGUGUCCAAGACCUUGAUGACAGUAAACACUGGGAGGACAGGAAUGUGAGGGGAAAGGACGUUAAAAUGCCAUCUUUUUGGACAUUUAUAUGGAAGAGACAAUCGGAAGAAGUGGUACUACAGGCCAUGGCAGACAAAUACGGCAAUCUAUAUGGCAUUAGACAGUUUGGGAAGACUGUUAUUAUCUGUAGUAAACCCGAUAUCAUUAGUUUAGUGUUCAGCAAAGAAUUCACUAGUUUUACGAAUAGGAGGAAUAUGAAUUUAGACAGCGACCCGUUGUUUAGUAAUAUGCUUCAGGUGGUGAUGGAUGACCAGUGGAAACGGUUGCGAGCGAUAGUAUCGCCCACUUUCUCGACCGGAAAGUUACGCAAAAUGCGGCCAUUGAUUGACGACUGUUUGCAAACAAUGAUCAAUAAUUUGAAUAAACUAUCAAAUGAUGAGUCAAAUCGUGGGCAUGUGGUCGAUAUGAAGCGAGUGUUCGGCGCCUACACUAUGGAAGUCAUAAUACAAGUGGCUUUUGGCACUAAAGUGGACGCACUUAUCGACGAAAUAAAGUUCAAGACUACAGAUAUUUACUGUAAACAAAACGUUUAA